AUGGCGACUUUCGGCGUAGAGGUGAACACAGUAACGUACAACUCCCUUCUUGACGUGUGUGCCCGCGUCGGGGCCAUGGACCGUGCAGCCGCCCUUUUAGACGACAUGCUUAAAAAAGGCGUCCAGCCGGACUUGAUUACCUUCAGCACCAUCAUUAAAGGCUAUUGCGCCCACGGGCAGAUGGACAAAGGCCUCCUGCUGCUCAAGGCCAUGAAGCAGAAAAGCAUCAGCCCCGAUGGGGUCCUUUACAAUUCCCUUCUUGAUGGCUGUGUCCGCGCUGGAUACCGGGCGGCGUACGACGUCCUGCAAAAUAUGCGGCGCGAAGGCGUAACAGCCGACAGCAAAACUGUUAGCACAAUUGUUUUUGGAUGUCUCAAGGGUCGUAUGCACGCACAGGCCGUAGAGGUCGUGCUGAAUGCUCUGGAGAGUCUGCGUGACGUAAAUUCCAAAGCUCAAGGCCGCCAUGCCCAGCGGGGACGCCAAGGCGGGAGCGGGUCUAGCCGUAAGCAGGGCCUGCCCGCAAUUGAUGAGAAGACUGUGCGCCUUCUGGCGUAUCAUCUUAGGGAUCAACACAUGCAUAAGGAAUGCGCUCUUGUGCUGGAUACCGCCGUGUCAGUAGGCCUGAUGAGCAGCGCCACAGCACAAUCUCUGCUUACGGACGAAGGUUUUGGCGAGCGGAAAGCAUCCCAUGUGGUUACCUCCAAUCGUGCGGGGUCCAUCUCUCCGCCCCAUCCAGCCAGCCGCGAGGCACGCGCUUUGGCGAGGACCGCCGCACGCGGCGAGCGAUUGACGUGGCCUCGUGGAGGCCUCCCCCCAGUCAACGCCCGCUCACAGGAAGCGCCAAUGGGUCACCGUCGCUGGACUUCCAUAAGAAGUAGGGAAGCACGCCGAAGUGGUUAUAGGGGGGCAAAGGAGGGAUACGCGUUCCCUGAUGUGGGCGGCCAGCCAGAAGGCUAUCUAACAUUCUAUCCGAACGCGCCUCACCAGAACGUACAGGAUUGCACAACUGUCAGCCAGGAGCGGUGCUCGGAACCCAAGGCUCAGCUGUAUCCCUCAACUACAAUUUCUCAAACUUCAUACCCAUUGCAGCGGGAACGCGACAGCCAGCGGUCCAGUGCCGCGCAUCCUCUAGGACAGCUUCAUCCCAAUGUGAGCUUGUCAGGAGAAGACCCUGUGCCGCAGAUGCCCGUGCCAACCACUGGCUGCGCGCCGUUUGGAAGCAAGGGGGGAAGCGCAGCCCUGUCUAUGACCCGCAACACGGCCAUUGCACAGAAUGCUUCCCCAAGUCUGAGACUCUCACCAACGACAUGUUACUGCUUGCAAACGGUGGAUGCUGCAGCCCCCCUUCCCGCGGAUUUGUAUGGACUUGGAGAAUCCAGUGAAUCUGGCUACUUCUGGGGGUUGUCGCCCAUGGGAACAACGCCUCCUCCAGCUGGAUAUGGCUUCUCCGCUGUGCCACCACCCGUAUUACCAGGUACACUUCCGCAUGCAGCGGAGUUGUACAUCGAUGAAAACAAUUUUCUAGAGGUAGGCUCCUAG